AGUAGGUAGUGCUGAGAACGCCUGGAAGCUAGUGCAACUAAAUAUAUACGUUUAAGAUGACGUAUACCUUGUUAUUAUGGAUUUUCGCAUUUAUACUUGGCAUCGGGGCGUCGUCGGACAAUCUAGAAACGAUUUAUGAGUGGAAAUAUCUAAAAGUAACUCCGCUGCCUCUAGAAUAUCUUACUGAAAGCAGACGAGAAGGCAACAAAUAUGUGAUAACCAAAAUAAAUAAAUAUAACGAAACGGCGUUUUUUAAUUAUCGGAAGGUUGUGCCCUUUGACGUUGACGUAUCAAGCGAUGGACGUGUUUUCAUAACCGUCGUUCCAAAGAGCGAUGUUAAGGUUUCUUUGUUAACCGUUUCAAAUACGACAGAAGACAAUGGUCCCUUGCUAGAACCAUAUCCAGAUCACUCGUGGCAUGCACAUAGAACAGAUUGCCGUAAAAUAAUAAGUGCCUGGAGUAUCACAAUUGAUUCAUGCAACCGAUUGUGGGUCUUGGACAGCGGCCGAGUAGAUCGGGUUGAAGUGUGUCCGGCGAAAUUAAUGGCGUUUAAUUUGAAGGACAACACACUCAUCAAAAGUUACGAAAUGCCGAAAAAUGUAUACGCAAAUGCUAAAAAUCGAUCAGCUCUAGUGAACCCUGUCAUCCACACAAACAAACUGCAAUGCGACAACUUUACGGUGUUCAUUGCAGACUCGGAAGGUUACGGCUUGAUAGCCUUCGACGGCAAGACCUUCCGACGUUUCGAGGGAAGCGAGUACAACCCGCAGUCGGAGCAUCAAAUAUUCCACGUCGCCGGAGAAAGUUUUCCACUGCCAGGUGGUAUUGUGCCAAUGGACCUAGACCCCGCGGGUAAACAGCUGUUCUUCGCUCCACUAGCCUCUCGUGCACUUAGCGCUCAAAACACGAACGAUUUGGUCAAGGGUAACAAGCCUGCGACGACCGGUGCCAAUGAUAUCUUCGAUGGACAGGCUACGGCGUUCCGCUGGUCCAAUCGAGAUGUACUGUUCGCUGGGCUCACCAGCACCAAGAUUGUGUGCUGGAAUCGCAAGUCGGAACUCUGCGAGGAUGACUUCGACACGGUAGCCGAAGACCAGGAGAAGUUGCAGUACAUAACCGCACUGAAGAUGAUCCCUGAGGAGUCGUCAAAGAGCGGUGAAGAAGAAUUGUUGGUUAUGACCAACAGAUUACAGAAGAGCAUCAACAGGUCCCGGAAUUUCGAUGAAAUCAACUUUCGAGUUAUGAAGGGUAAGGUCAGGCAGCUGAUAAAGGACACAGCGUGCGAAGGUGCAGUUUGCGAUGAAUGUUAUGGCCACAUUUACGGAGAAAUCACGGAUUGAAAGUAGUUCACUAGAAUGUAUUUAUUCAAAUAAAAAAUUCAUAGCCCCAA